UCUUCUUCCUCUUGCGCCUUCCUCCUCCUCCUCCUCGGGCCGCCAUGUCCAUCGGGGUGCCGAUCAAGGUGCUGCACGAGGCCGAGGGCCACAUCGUCACCUGCGAGACCAACACGGGCGAGGUCUACCGCGGGAAGCUCAUCGAGGCCGAGGACAACAUGAACUGCCAGAUGUCCAAUAUCACCGUGACCUACCGCGACGGGCGCGUGGCGCAGCUGGAGCAGGUCUACAUCCGCGGCAGCAAGAUCCGCUUCCUCAUCCUGCCCGAUAUGCUGAAGAACGCGCCGAUGCUGAAGAGCAUGAAGAACAAGAACCAGGGCUCUGGCGCCGGCCGCGGCAAGGCCGCCAUCCUCAAGGCGCAAGUGGCUGCAAGAGGAAGGGGACGAGGAAUGGGACGUGGCAACAUUUUCCAGAAGCGGCGGUAACUUUGGAUCAAACCCUGCUUUGCUGAGGAUAAAAGUCUGCUAAUUGUACUUGUGUGUACUUUAAUAAAUAUGUUUUUUACAAAAUAGGAA